AAACUUGGAACUCGAGAUUCUUUCUGUUUCGAACAAAAGGGCUACUGAAUUCACAAAAGGCUUUUCAACUGCCAGAUUUAUUGCCUCUGCAGAGAAAUUCGCGGCGGUUUGAGAAAUUUCAGUGGAACUCUCUCUAGCUUGAAACUGAAGCGAAUUUAUGGCAAGGAUUAAGCCGCAAACUUUGCUUCAACAAAGCAAAAAGAAGAAAGGACCCUCGCGGAUUGGUCUUACAACAAUUCUGACAUGCAGCUUGAUUGUUGCUUUGUUCGUGUUUCUCCUUCAUACCACAUACAGACAUUGGUCUUACAGGUCAAAACUUCAAUCAGAGAAUGGGUUUUCAGGUUCUGAGACCGAAGCUUUACAGUUGGAUGCAAAAAAAACAGAUCUACCUGGAUAUGCUGUUUUCAGUACUUCAAAGGGCACAAUCGUUGUGGAACUUUACAAAGAAAGUGCCCCUGAAGUCGUUGAUGAGUUUAUUUAUUUAUGUCAAAAGAAUCGUUUUAGUGGAAUGCUGUUUCACCAUGUGAUAAAACACUAUUCAAUUCAAGUGGGAAAUAGCCAAGAUCUUGGAGUCGCAGAAGAUUGGAUUCUGGGAGGAAAGCAUCAUAGUCAGCCUGAUGCAAGUUUAAAACACGACGCUUUUCUAGUCGGGACCCCAAGGGGGAAUCCCAAGAACAAGGGAUUCGAGAUUUUCAUUACAACUGCACCAAUUCCAGAUCUUAGCGAGAAGCUGAUUAUCUUUGGGCGAGUAAUUAAGGGAGAACACGUUGUACAGGAGAUUGAAGAGGUGGACACGGAUGAGCAUUAUCGACCCAAAUCUACGAUCAAAAUAAACGAUAUAACCUUGAGAAUGAAAAUAUGAAGGAAGAGCAUUUGGCAUCUUGGGCUUCUACCUUUCAAGUAAUUGUUUCCUCUUCUUCUAACUGACAUAUCGGUUACUGUAGGGGUAAUUUUUCAGAUAGAGAUAUGGCUUAGAAUAUUCAUUCAAGCGUGUUCGUCCACGUUACCACGGUGUUAGCCUCUGGUGGCUGGGCUGGGAGAGGGAAGAGCUUGUCAAAUUCCUUUUUCUUUUGUGUAAUAUGCUUUAUUUGGGGACUUGAUUUAGUUACUUCACUUGUUUCAUAAACUUUGAAAUGUUAUACAGCAGGUUCUUGGAUUUUUGAGUGGCCAUCAGAACUCAUCAAUUAGGGAGAUUCUUUUCACUUCUCUUUGGUGGGUAAUUGAUAGAUCAAAACUUUCAUAUGUUCAUUAUUGGAAUCUGUUAUGAAUGAUGACCACCAUUGUAUAUGAACUUCAAAAUUAUAGUAGCCUUUCAAAUCAUUGAGAUUA